CAGUUUAGGUUCAGAAUUUUAAAUAUCGUCGACAUUAAUCGUAGAAGAAGAACGCAACCCGGAAGUGUGAAUGUUGUGUUGUCAUUUCUUACGAAGAUGUCCGACCACGAUCACCUGUCAAUCUGUUUGUGCGAUUUAAUCAGAUUGUUGUGGUCACUACUUUUGCCAUGCUUCUACCUGUCUCUCAUCCUGACUGGAGUGCUUUUCCUGUUCAUCACGGGGAUUCGCGCUUGGCUUCAGUCUGGCAGAAAAGCGCGCAGAGUGCAAGAUGGACGACCCGCCGUCGCUUUCUUCCACCCGUACUGUAAUGCAGGAGGUGGAGGAGAGAGAGUGCUCUGGUGUGCCAUUAGAGCUUUGCAAAACAGGUACACAGAUGUGGAUUUCGUCAUUUACACCGGAGAUCAGGGUGUCACGGGUGAGCAGAUUGUGGACGGCGCUCGUCGCCGAUUUAACAUACGCCUACCACGUCCAGUCCGCUUUAUCUUCCUGAAACACCGGUUUGUGGUGGAGGCCAGUCUUUACCCCCAUUUCACCCUGUUGGGUCAGAGCAUCGGUUCCCUUUUCCUGGGCUGGGAGGCGCUCACGUCAUUUACGCCCGAUCUCUACAUUGACUCCAUGGGCUACGCUUUCACUCUACCUGUCUUCCGUUACCUGGGUGGAUGCAGAGUGGCGAGUUAUGUGCACUACCCUACCAUCAGCACAGACAUGCUGUCAGUGGUUCGUGACAGAAACCCAAGGUUCAACAAUGCAGACUACAUCACUAAUAACCCUAUUUUGAGUGCCAUCAAGGUGGUAUAUUACUGUGCCUUCGCCCUGCUCUAUGGUCUCGCCGGCUCCUGUAGCGAUGUGAUCAUGGUGAAUUCCACCUGGACGCUGGGGCACAUCCUAGCACUGUGGCGUGCCCCGAACCGCACCAGUGUCGUCUACCCACCCUGCGACGUCCAGGCCUUUCUUGACAUCCCUCUGGAGGAAGAACAGGACAAAGAUGGGGGCAGGAAGUGCCACUCCAUAGUGUCAGUGGCUCAGUUUCGACCAGAGAAGGACCAUCGGCUACAGGUCAAAGCCUUCCGGAAACUUCUGGACAGACUUGGGGAGGAGCCUGGCAGGACAGAUCAGGUGAAGCUGGUGUUGAUUGGUGGAUGCCGGAACCAGGAUGAUGAGGAUAGAGUACUGAUGCUGAGGGGGCUGUGCCAGGAGCUGGGUGUGGCCGAUAGGGUGGAGUUUAAGCUGAACAUCCCAUUCGAAGAGCUUAAGAAGGAGUUAGUGGAUGCUACCAUCGGCUUGCACACCAUGUGGAAUGAACAUUUUGGCAUUGGUGUGGUUGAGUGCAUGGCUGCUGGGACAGUGAUUUUGGCUCACAGGUCUGGUGGUCCUAAGCUGGACAUCGUGGUGCCGUAUGACGGUGGCAGCACAGGUUUACUAGCCGAUGAUGAAGACAGCUACGCAGAUGCCAUGGAGCGAAUCCUCAACAUGACGACCGCAGCACGACUCGAGAUCCGGAGCCGGGCUCGUCAGUCAGUCAGCCGUUUCUCUGAUCGGGAGUUUGAAGCAUCUUUCUUGGCAGCCACUGAGCCUCUGAUGGCCACUUUGGAGCGAUGAAUCUUUGGAGGCUAGAGGAUGUUUUGUUGCAUGUCUCAUUCAGAGCUCAAUACAACUUUCUUCCUGUUAAAAGAUUGUAUUGUGUGUACGCCAGGCAUGUUCGUGAGCUUUCAUCAUCCCGUGACUCGCCCCAGCAGACCCGCAGAACAUUCCCGUACACGUGACACUAAAUGGACUUUUCUUUCGAUUUUGUUGUUUUUAGGAAACCGAGAUGCUUCUUAGUUAAGUGAUGUUUUGAGUUGAAAGAGUUCAAAAAGCAACGCAAUCGUAAUGUAACAUUGCGCAUGACCCAGUUCGCAACCCUACUUUUGUAACUUGACCCUAAAAGAUAAGCUGCAUUUAUCUGACCAGCUUUCAACUGAUCCAAAACUGAUCUUUUAUAAGAGUGAGUAAAGAAGAAAAAAAAAAUAAAAUGCUCUCUGA